AUGGUACCAGUUGCUGUGGUACCAGUUGAUAUGGUACCAGUUGGAGUGGUAUUAGUUAUAGUGAUACCAAUUGCUGUGGUACCAGUUAAAGUGGUACCAAUUGCCGUAGUAUCAGGUGGAGUGGUACCAGUUUCUGUGGUACCAGUUGCUGUUGUACUUUCUGGAGUGCUACCAGUUGCUGUGGUACCAGUUGCUGUUGUACUUUUUGCUGUGGUACCAGUUACUUUGGUACUUUGUAACUUUCUGUGCUACCAGUUGCUGUGGUACCACUUUCUGUGGUACCAAUUACUUUGGUACUUUGUAACUCUCUGUGGUACCAGCUGCUGUAGUACCAUUUGUUGUGGUACUUUGUACGCUUCUGUGGUACCAAUUGUUGUGGUACCAGUUGAUGUGGUACCCGUUGCUAUGGUACCAGUUGUUGUGGUACCAGUUGGAGUGGUACCAGUUGGAGUGAUACCAAUUGCUGUGGUACCAGUUGGAGUGGUUUGUAACAAUAUGUGUUAUUAUGAGUAUUAUGACAAACAUAAUGUUCAUUUAGAAUAA